CCCACCAAGCUGGCUCACCAGAGGUGCUCCUGGAAGUGAAGUUGGAUGGUCCAUCCUAAACACUGACCAGGCAGCCGGCGGCCUGGGGACUCUGGGGUGAACACUCAUGGGCAAGGUGUUUGGGAUCCUGAGGCAAACAGUCCUGGCUGAGUCUCGGCAUUUCCUGGCAGGACCCACUGAGGAGAAAGAAGACGCCAUGAAGAGGAAGAGGAUGUGGCUACAAGAACGCCUCAGUGCCUGGGACCGUCCUCACGGCCUCGUGGGUUUGCACAAUAUUGGACGGACCUGCUGCCUUAACGCCCUGAUUCAAGUAUUGAUUAUGAACAUGCGUUUCACCAAGAUAUUGAAGAGGAUAACUUUGCCCAGGGAGGAAGAGGAGCAGAAGCACAGCGUGCCGGUGCAGCUGCUUCUGCUGAUGGAGAGGAUGCAGGACAGCAGGCAGAAGGCGGUGCGGCCCGUGGAGCUGGCCUACUGCCUCCGCAAGUGCAACGUGCCAUUGUCUGUCCAGCAUGAUGCUGCUUACCUGUACCUCACCAUCUUGAACCUAAUCAAGGACCAAAUCACCGACGCAGACUUGGUGGAAAGGCUGCAGAGGCUGUAUGGAAUCCAGAUGAAGGAAUCCCUGAUUUGCCUGGAGUGUAACAAGGAGAGCAGCCAAUACAGCAACAUGUUCACCCUUCCCCUUUCUCUUUUCGACCUGGACUGCAAGCCUCUGAAGACCCUGGAGGACGCCUUUCGCUACUUUCUCCAGCCCAAGGAGCUGAUCGGUGAAAGCAAGUUCUUCUGUGAGAACUGUGGGAGGAAGACCUCUAGGAAACAGGUCUUCAGGUUGACCCAGCUGCCUGAGACCUUGACCAUCCACCUGAUGCGGUUCUCCACCAAAAAUUCAAACACAGAGAAAGUCUGCCAUGCCCUGUAUUUCCCCCGGAGCCUGGACUUAAACGAAGUCCUUCUGGUAGAGCAAGGGCCCUGUGACGGGCAGGAGCAGGCAGGGGGACAGUAUGAGCUCUUUGCUGUGAUCGCCCAUGUGGGAAUGGCUGACUUCGGUCAUUACUGUGCCUAUAUUCAGAAUUCUGGGAAUGGAGAAUGGUUCUGUUUCAACGACUCCAACGUUUGCUGGGUAUCCUGGGAAGACAUCCGUUGCACCUAUGGAAGUUGCCACUACCGCUGGCAAGAAACUGCAUAUAUUCUGGUUUAUAGCAAGACUGAGUCCUAAUGUUUCUACCUUCAACUUCAGAGAUUGAUAAAGUAUAGAUUUCUUUACUAUUCUGUACCUGAUGAUGCUUUUAAGCAAUUUUGCAAUGAGGAGAAGCACCCUUUUCCAAUUGAUAGGAACAAUGGUUUAUGGUUUGCUCAUGAAAAAGAACGAAAUCUUGUUUUUCUUUUUCUUUUGUGACACAUGAAUACACCUGGAGAACAUUACACUAAGAGACAUAAACCAGACAGGAAAAUACUAUAUGAUCUCACUUAUUUGUACAAUCAAAAAAUUUCAAACUUAUGAAGAAUAAAAUGGUAGCUAUCAGAGGCUGGGGUGGUGCAAGAUCAUGGUCUCAUCAUUCUUAAUUGAGACAAACAGCAAGGCAGUUAGCAUGAAUAGGGCAGUAUUGUGCACUUGAGUUUUGCUAAGAGAGUAGUUCUUAAAUAUUUUCGGCACACCAGAAAAAAAGGAACUACAUGAAAUGCUGGAUGUGUUAAUUAAAUUAAUUGUGGUGAUCAUUUCACAAUGUAUAUGUAUAUAAAAGUCAUCUCUGUGUAUACUUUCCAUAUAAAUACAAUUUCAUUUUCAUUUUUUCCUCAGUGUUGCUAGAAAAAAAACUGACUUAUUAC